AUGAGCGGGCCACGGCUGCGACACAGACCACAAGUGGAGGAGGAGGAUGCGUCAGUGUUGAAACUUGGAGCAGAAUUCAACAAUGCGGGCUGUCUUCUGAUUUCUGAAGUCAAAUACCUGCUCGAGAACAGAGACAAGGACGCGCCGGAUACGGCUGUAUACAACAAGACGCUAGAGUAUGUGAAAACGUUUGCGAAGUUCAAUACUACAGACUCCGCAAGCGCCGUUCGAGAGACACUCCGGAGAGAACCCGCACUAACACAAUUUGAGACGGCACAAAUUGCUAAUUUGUGCCCAGCGAAUGCAGAGGAGGCGAAGAGUGUUGUUCCUAGGUAUAUGGUUACAUCAUCAUCACACGACUACGUGAUUGCUUAUGGCAAUCAAAGUCUGGUGAAAAUUGACGACGACAGAUUGCAAACGCUACUUCAGGAGAUUCAAACCAUGCGUAAAUUCCAAACGUAG